CCUCCUCCUCAUACCGCCUCUCACCUCAACACAGGGUCCUUCUUCCCUUCCCCCGAACGAAACAAGUCGUUCGUCGCUCAAGUCUUUUUCAAAGACACAUCUCCACUCAGUGCUACUAUCUGUCUCUUUUUUUUUUUUUACGACUACGACUUUCCCGGUUUCUCUCUUUUUGACAACUUUUCCGUUGCUUUGCUCCUUAGAAUUUUCAGCUCCUUUUACUUCAAGUUACUCCUCGUUCAGACCAGUCAGCCGUUUCAGCUCAGCUCCUCAUUUCGCUCACGACCAUACUCGAUAUCACCAAACCCCCUCAGACCGCAUUAAUGUCACCAGGCGUAGUAGAAAACGCUCCUCCGCAGGUUACCCUCACACUCGCAAACGGCGCCCCCGCUUUCGACUUCGAGGCUGUAUACACCACAAUAUUCGACGCAAAGACCUCGCAGGAGUCCCUCGAUGCCGCUACAUCACUCUGCAACGGAAUCGCCGCUGAUCCUUCGACCGCCCACCAUGCGCUGGCCAUCCUGCUCCCCCAGGUGGCAAAGGCCGCCGCAGAUAAGAAGUCCGGAACGAACCGGGAGAGCGCUAUGAUUGUCUACGGCGCUCUGUUCGAGACGCUUCCGCACAAGGCUCCUGUCACCGAAGUCCAGCUGGUCGCUACCAUCGGGAAUGUUUUCGAUGGUCUCGCCGAUAAGGGCUCUGUUGUGCGCGAGAGCGCGCAGUAUGCUAUCGAUGCUCUGUUCGCAGGAUUGAAACAACCUGUCCUGGUGUCCGGGCUGCUGGUCGCCUUGAUGGAAUACCUCAAGUCGUCAGGAUCCAAGUGGCAAGGAAAGGUCGGCGCCUUGACGCUGAUCGGAAAGUUGGCCGAGAAGGCGGUUAAGAUCGAGCAGAACCAGGGCGAAGUUUUCCUUAAGGAUGUUAUGGGCAGGGAGCUGGAGGCGUUGAUUCCUGUUGUCGAGAGCGGCAUGCACGAUCUUAAGACUGAGGUUUCGAAGGCUGCGAUCAAGACAACAACAAGCUUGACGAAGCUGCUCAGCAAUGAGGAUGUCUCAAAGCACAUUCCCACUUUGAUCAAGACCAUGAACAUGCCCAGCAAGGAGACUCUGGCGAAGGCGAUCCACGCUCUCAGCAUGACCACCUUCGUUCAGACCGUUACCUCCCCCGUCCUUUCUCUCCUCACGCCUCUCCUCGAGCGUGCUCUUACUUCCCCGCAAACUUCUCAGGAAGUCCUCCGCCAAGCGGUUGUCGUCACUGAGAACUUGACUAAGCUUGUCCACGACCCCGUUGAGGCUCGUGAGUUCUUGCCUCGCCUGCUACCCGGUGUCAAGCGUGUUCUCGAGUCCGCCUCCAUCCCCGCUGUUCGUGAGCUGGCCAAGAGUGCCAACGAUGUCAUGCUCAAAGCUAUGCGUGUCACCAGUGGCGACGAGGAGAACACCAUUGGCGAGCGUAUCUCGGUUGAAGAGGUCAUUGGAGAACUCUCGGUCCGUGUUGCGCCCCUGCUGCGCAAGGAGGAAUUGUCCUUCUUUGAGAACCAGGUCAAACUCUAUAUCUCUGCCAUGGCCAGGGAGGUCAUUGUCAUCCGGGAAUGGUCGCGUCUCGAGGACUGCGUCGCUCCUUACCUCAAAGAUCUCGUGCACGGAGGAGAGGAGAAUGCCAAGAGCAUUGCUGCAGAUGUCGAGAAGUGGGCCCGCGAGACGGAUCACACCAGGUUCGGAAACAUCGGCAUGGUGGACGACGAAUACGCGAACGAGGUUGAGGUUGUCAAUGCCAACUUCUCGCUGGCCUACGGAGGUAUGAUGUUGCUCAACCACACAACCCUGCGUCUGCACCGUGGUCACAGAUACGGUCUUUGCGGUCGUAACGGAGCUGGAAAGUCCACGCUCAUGCGCUCGAUCGCUGAGGGCAAGCUGGAAGGUUUCCCUUCCAAGGACGAGCUUCGCACCUGUUUCGUGGAGCACCGCAGUCAAGGCGAUGAGAACGAGCUGCCGAUCGUCGAGUACAUCAGACAGUCCCUCAUCACCGACAACCUUCAGGAGGGUUUCAUGGGCGACGAUGGAACCGAGAAGAUCAAGGAGACUCUGCGCAGUGUCGGCUUCGAGGGUGAGCGUGUUGACUUUAGGGUCGGCGAGCUCUCUGGAGGUUGGAAGAUGAAGCUGGCUCUCGCCGAGGCCAUGUUGAAGAAGGCCGAGGUCCUGCUGUUGGACGAGCCUACCAAUCACUUGGACGUUGGAAAUGUCAAGUGGCUGCAGGACUACCUCAAGGAGCACACCAACAUCACCAGUUUGAUCGUGUCCCACGACUCCGGAUUUUUGGACGAAGUGUGCACGGAUAUUAUUCACUAUGAGAAUAAGAAGCUCGCUUACUACAAGGGCAAUCUCGCUGCCUUCGUUGAGGUCCGUCCCGAAGGAAAGGCCUACUACACGCUCUCCUCCUCCAGCGUGCAGUUCAAGUUCCCUCCUCCUGGCCUCUUGACUGGUGUCUCGUCCCGCACUCGUUCCAUCUUGAAGAUGACCAACGCGACGUACACGUAUCCCGGUACCUCCAAGCCUUCGCUCAGCAACGUCACCUGCUCGCUCUCGCUGUCCUCGCGUGUUGCUCUCCUUGGUGGUAACGGUGCCGGAAAGUCCACUCUCAUCAAGGUUCUGACCGGAGAAGUCAUUCCCCAGGAGGGUAAGGUCGAGAAGCAUCCCAACUUGCGUGUUGGAUAUCUCUCGCAGCACUCUCUCGAGCCUCUCCAGUUCCAUUUGGAUAAGACUCCUAGUCAGUACCUGCAGUGGCGUUACGCCAACGGUGACGACAGAGAGGUGUUGAUGAAGGCUACUCGUAAACUCAGCCCCGAGGACGAAGCUCAGAUGAACACCCCCAUCAACUUGGGCGAGGGUUCUGGUGCUCGCAGGAUCAACAAUAUUGUCGGUCGCCAAAAGUGGAAGAAGUCCUUCCAGUACGAGGUCAACUGGGUUGGUCUCGGCCCCAAGAGCAACACCAUGAUCUCGCGCGAGACCUUGAUGAAGCUCGGCUUCUUCAAGCUGGUACAGGAGUUCGACGAUCACGAGGCGUCUCGCGAGGGUCUCGGUUUCCGCAAGCUCGAAGCUGCCGACAUCCGCCAACACUUCGAGGACGUCGGACUCGACGCAGAUCUCGCCGAGCACAACGAAAUCGGUGGUAUGUCCGGUGGUCAGAAGGUCAAGAUCGUCAUCGCCGGAGCUAUGUGGAACAACCCCCAUCUCCUCGUCCUCGACGAGCCCACCAAUUACCUUGACCGCGAAUCCCUCGGUGGUCUCUCCCACGCCAUCCGUGAGUUCAAGGGAGGUGUCAUCGUCAUCUCCCACAACAAUGAGUUCGUCUCUGCGCUUUGCAACGAGCAGUGGUGGGUCGAGGCUGGUCGUGUCACGGCUGCCACGCGCAAUGCGGCCGAUAACUCCAAGUUCGAAGGCGGGCUCUCGGUCAGCGGCGCCAACACGCCGCUCAGCAGCGCUGUUCCCAGCGCCGUCACCAGUGCUGCGGCGAGUGCUGCCAGCAGUGCCGUCAACUCGGACGCGGAAGACGAGAGCAUGAAGUUCAAGGGACGCAAGUUCCCCAAGAAGAAGAAGAUGACCAGGGCUCAGCAGAAGGACCGCGAGGUUCGCAGAAGGCUGAGACACAUUGAAUGGCUGAACAGUCCCAAGGGGACCCCCAAGCCGGUAGACUCAGAUGACGAGGCGGAGUAGGCGAAGUAGGAAGUAGUGCGGGGGGGUUUAUCAAUCAGAAUAAUGGGGGAUAGGAUUGGAUAGAGAAAAGUUUUUUUUUCGUUUUCCCUUUUGCUUGGUCACUUUGGUGUUUCGUUUUCCUUGGGUCGGGUCUUUAGAUUUUUUUUCUCAGUGCGGUAGUACCUAUGGGGUGGCAUUUGCUGCGUGUUGUGUGUGUUGUGUGUGUUGUGUG